AUGGCGUCGUCAUUAACUCGAACGGUGCAGCGCACCAUCACCAUCACCAAUACCUCGGGAAGCACCCAAUCCUACGCCCUCUUCGCGGCCGCCCCAACCGUCACUCCCGCCGUCUCUUCCAUCAGCAACAACAUCAUCCUAGUUCUGCGCGGCGUAGCUAGCUCCUCGGGCCAAGCUUACUUCACCCUCCCCAAGGAGCCGCUCUACGCCGUCUGUGGCAUCAUCUACGGCGGUGAAUCGACUGUUGAGAGCCAGGUUGAGGUUCUGGACUCGCGGCCGAUCGAGACGGGACGCAUGUCAGAUGACGGGGUUCCAGUGGCAGGCACUACACUGGAGAUGAUUCUGCGCAAGGGCACCCCGAAUUUUGCCAAUCGACCGGAUAUUCAGCCCACCGGCAAGCAAGACUGCUUCUGCAUUCGGACGAGCAGUGAAUUCACUCAUAGUGAAGCUCGUGCCGGUGACUUUGUCAUUGGCAUUUCCCUCUUCAAAAAGCUGUCGCGCUAUUUCGGCCCAUUCGCGACAUUCCGUCCCGCGCCUGGGAUGGAGUACCAGAUUCAGCCGCUGAACCGAUACUACCUCGCAGUCGGCGAUUAUCCCGUUCGGUCACGUACGCUGGAGGGUUUGGAGAGGCGUAGCUGUCUCAUCGAUUUUGAUCAGCUGGAGUUGGAUGAUGUGCAGAUUCACCAUAAUGAGCAUGGUCGUCUGACAGUAAAGUCGGAUUUUAACGAGGAUUAA